AUGUCGUCUGCUGAUGUCGCUCUGAGACCGGUUCUUAAAGAAUCGGUGCAUUGGCAAGGGCGUUGCUCUGGCGAAUCUAUCCUAAUAUAUUUGACCGUAGAUGGUGCUGUGACGCCAAUGCGUGUGUCGGAGUCUGAUUCGAUUGCUUCGGUGAAAAUGAGGAUUCAAACAUGCAAAGGAAUUGCAGGGAAGAAGCACAAGCUGGUGUAUGGUGGCAGAGAGCUUGCCCGCAAGGAUGCACUCGUUAAGGACUAUGGUGUCACUGCUAGCAAUGUUCUUCACUUGGUUCUUCGUCUCUCUGACAUGAUCUUCAUUGUUGUAAGGACCACCGCUGGUAAGGAGUUUGAGUUUCAGAUUGAUCGACAUAGAAAUGUUGGUUAUCUUAAGCAACGGAUUAAGAAGAAGGGGAAAGGUUUCAUUGAUCUUGAGGAUGGUCAAGAGCUUUUCUGUGACGGGGAAGAGCUCAAAGACCAGAGCCUCUUCCGUGACUUUUGCAAGGCUGAUGAUGGUGUGAUCCAUUUGGUAGUUAAAAAAUCAGCUAAGGUUGAUGCCAAGCCGGUUCACAAAGAUUUGGAGCUUUCGGUUGUUGCCGAUGCCUCUGGUGUGGGAGGGAAUCAGGUGACGACAAAGAUACCACCUAGUGUAGAUUUCUGGUUGGAACCAGUUUUUGUGAAUCCUAAUGUCAAUUUUUUUCCUUUCCUCUGGGACAUGAUUGGCUCCACAUUCGAUGGUUUGAAACAAGGAAACCACCCUAUCAGGUCCACCGAGGGCACAGGUGGGACUUACUUCAUGCAAGAUUCGGCAGGUAUGCAGUAUGUUUCGGUUUUCAAGCCCAUGGAUGAGGAGCCAAAUGCGGUUAAUAACCCGCAAGGCCUACCGGUUUCAUCCAAUGGUGAAGGUUUGAAAAGAGGGACUAGGGUUGGAGAAGGAGCUGUGAGAGAAGUUGCAGCAUAUAUAUUGGAUCAUCCAAGGAGUGGGCCAAGAUUGGUGUCAGGUGAAGCAAUGGGCUUUGCCGGGGUUCCCCCAACUGUUAUGGUCCAGUGCUUACACCAAGCCUUCAACCACCCAGAUGGGUUUGAGUGCUCCCCAAAGCAUUCCAAGGUGGGGUCACUGCAUAUGUUUAUGAAGAAUGAUGGUAACUGUGAGGACUUAGGGCCAGGGGCUUUUUCUGUGGAGGAGGUGCAUAAGAUCACUGUGCUUGAUUUAAGAAUGGCCAAUGCAGAUAGGCAUGCUGGGAAUAUAUUGUUCAGAAAAGAUGCAGAUGGCCGCACUUCGCUCAUUCCCAUUGAUCAUGGCUACUGUCUACCAGAGAAAUUUGAGGAUUGCACAUUUGAUUGGCUAUACUGGCCCCAAGCACGUCAACCUUACUCUCGUGACACAGUAGCUUAUAUAAAGUCUCUGGAUGCUGAAAGAGAUAUAGAGCUUCUGAAAUAUUAUGGGUGGGAUGUUCCGGUUGAGUGUGCGCGAACACUCCGCAUCUCCACAAUGUUAUUGAAGAAAGGGGUUGACAGAGGUCUCACUCCCUAUGCCAUUGGAAGUAUUAUGUGUAGGGAAAAUUUGAACAAGGAAUCUGUAAUCGAGGAGAUUAUUAGAGAAGCCCAGGAAUCAUUGGUACCUGGCACGGGGGAAUCUGUGUUUCUUGAAUCUGUCUCCCAGAUCAUGGAUUCCCACCUUCACAAUCUUGCAAGAUAG